AUGGCUUCAGGUGCUAGACCUCCAAGUAAUCAACGUUCUGAAUCGGUUCCUUCAAAAUCUAAAGUUCGGAACUUAAAUGGAAUUGACAAAAAUUCUUCUGAAAAGUUUUCACCGAAUGAUGAAUCAUUCCCUGAGGUAUGUGUAGUUUGUGGUGAUCGUGCAUGUAGUCACUAUUAUUAUGGUGUUGCAGCCUGCCAUGGUUGUAAAUGUUUCUUUUGGAGAUCUGUAAAAUCUGGAACUGAAUAUAAAUGUCGAUAUAAUAAAAAUUGUGACAUAAGAAUUAAUAGAAGAAGUGCAUGUAGAUAUUGUAGAUUUCAAAGAUGUUUGGUUGUUGGUAUGCAAGUUGAAUCUGUACGAUCAGUUUAUAAUAAAAAUUAUACAACCAAGAAUCAAAGAAAAGAAAUAGAUAAAAAAAAUGUUUACAAUAGAAACGAUGAAAUAAUAAAGCAAGAAAAUACUUCGCCGUUAAGUUAUAAUAAUAUUGAUAAUGAAAUGUCUGAAAAUAUAACUCAUCAAAUAUUUCAAGGUGUAUUAAAAUAUGAAAAAAGUGAUUACCUUGAACAAUUGUUAUAUUUAAAAAGAAUGAUUGAGAAUGGAAAUAACGAAAAUUCUGUAAAUGAUAAAAUUUUAACAUUAAAAGAAAUUUUUGAAAAUCCAGGUCUUUUGAAUUAUUUUCGUCUACCAAGUAACUAUUGUGUAAAAUUAAGAGCUGCAAAGACAGAUGAACUUAAUUUUAGUGGAAAAACUAGUCUUGUUAUGGCUAUAGAUUGGAUUCAAGGAAUUAAUCCAUGGAUUAAACAAAUUUCAUAUGAAAAUGCUGUUGAUAUUUUAAGAACAACAUUUCCAUCACUUACUAUAAUUGAUAUAGUAUUUAAUUCAUGUAAAGCUACAAAUGAUAAAAGCCUUUUAUGUUUACCAAAUGGAAUAACAGUUUCAAAACAUGAAUUAAUUGCUCCAAAUAUUUGGAUUAAUAAUAAUAUUGUUAAUAAUAUUCUUGAAAAAUUGUCACCUUCAAUUGCUAAGCUAAAAAUUACUGAAAAUGAAUUUGUUCUACUUAAAGCAUUAAUUGUUCUUCAGUCACCAGUUAAUGAAAAGAAUGAUGAAACAUUAAUUGAAGUAACAACAUUUAGAGAAAAUAUUGAAAGUUUAUUAUAUAAUGAAUGUUACAAUUAUUGUGGAAAUAUUGGAAAAGCGGCGAAUAGAUUUGCAUCACUACUUUCACUUUUAGGUACAAUAUCACUUUCAGCACGUGAUAUUGUAGAUCAUAUAAAAAUUUUUCAAUCAUUUGGCAAUCAUAAAAUUGAUCUUUUGUUUAUUGAAUUGUUUGGCGACAUAUUUGGAAAAAAUGGAGUUCAAGACAUACUUUGCAAAAGCGAUUUGAAACAAUAUCAAAUCAGCAUGCCGCAAAUGGAGAUUGGGGUCAGUUGA